GGAAUGACAUAUUCGCGCUAUUCAAUAGUUUGAAAUCGACAAAAAUAAUAAAUAUUUAUAUUCCUAUCUAACUUCUCCUUAAGUAUUAUUGUAUCGAUUUUCAGUGUACUAUGGUGAUAAUUUAAAUUUAUCAAUCUCCUUUCUAAUAUAUGUUGAUUAUACUGUACAAGCCUUAAUAUAAAUGCAAGAAAAAGCAGACCUAAUAUCUUAAAUUGAGAAUUUAAUUGAAACAAGUGGUUAAAUGUUUUUUUUUAAUUGAUUCAUGAAUAAAAUAAUUUUUAAAAAUGGAUCUUGAAGAAGAGUUCAAGGAUGUCAAUGUAGAAGAUCCAACUUCGAUGGAUAAAGUUUUAAUAUUGUUAGAAAGUAUUCAAGCCGAAGAUGAUGAAUUUAUGGAGAUACUAUUAAGUAAACAAAAUGAUAUGAUUAUAACUUGGGAACAACCAUGGUAUCAGAAAGGGAGCUGUUUAACAAGACCAUUGAAAAUAACAGAUGAUUCUCUACCAAAAUUCAGAACUGAUUCUAUAUGUAAAGACGAAAGUGACGAAAUACAUCAAAACUGGCGCCGAUUUCGUAAGCUGUUCAAUGUUCCCAAUAAACCGGUAUGCAUAGCUAGAUGGAGAAAUAAAACAAAAUGCAAACGCCCAAAUACACCAGCCGAAUAUGUGAGACGGUUCGUGAUAGCUUUCUUGGCUCAAGGUCUCGAAAGGAAUCUGUAUCAGGUGUACAAACAUGUGGUUGUGCGGUACGGAAAUAAAGUUAAGGGAAACUACUCUAAACAUGAAGAGAAGGUUAUGAACAUCUGCCUUUUCCACAACCCUAAAAGUACUGUGCCUUAUCUAUCUGCAGUUUUCGGUAGAGAACCCAGAGGGAUAUACAAGAGGAUGCUGCAACUAUAUCAGGGUAAACCACCAAAGAAAAAAUUAAAAUGGACACUAUCAUUGGCAUCAAAAUUUGUGAAUUUAUUACUCGAAUACACUGGAGAACCAUUGGAGAAUUUAAAAUACAAGAGCAUAGAAAAAUCAGUAUGGCUUAAACUUGAACAAGAUAUGGGACAAUUAUAUAUAUAUUUACAAUAUUUUUGGGCUGUAACAUUGCAUUCUCAAAUUUUUGUUAAAUUUGACGUCGAAUUACAGACCCUGAGAAGACAUUUAUAUAAAAAACUAAAGCUUUACCCAUAUAAAGUGUGGACUGAUAUACGAUGGAAGGAAAUGUUGAAACAUGUCCCCGACGGGUUCACUCAUAACUUCUUACACAACGUAUGUCGCAAACUAGCUCGCUCCUACGAAGGAUAUUUAAAUGUACCGCUAGAGGAACUUAUACAGUAUGCAUUAAAUAAACCAUGCACGAAAAGAAGAUUAAAAACACUUGCAUUAAAUGAACACAGUGUGCUGGAAGUCAUUAGGCCCAGCUUCCGCUCUCAAAAAAAUUAAUGAUAUAGAAGUAAAGUCAUCUUCGCCGUUAGCGAUCUAUGGUAGGGACAUACCCUAUUACAUUUGUCUUGUCAAAUGUCAACUUGCUCUUGAUCGAUAUCGGAUAUUAAACAUUGCCGGUGUUUCUAAUAAUACUUCUAUAUAUAUAUCUAAGUAAACUAGAAAAAGCAGUUAUUAAGUGUUUAAGCAUUAUAGUUAUUUAUUGAAUCUUAAAAUGAUUAAUCAUAUAUAAAACAACAAUAUGAA